AUGAAAUGGAACCAGGAAAUUCAGAAAAACACAACAGUCGACAACAGUCAGGCUAAGAGGCUAACAGGAUUUAGCUUGUUAGCCGCAUGAUGUAACUUCAGUUUGUUGGGGAUUGUUUUUUUUUUAUUUUUUUACGUGACCGUGAAGACGGUCGUGACGCUGUUUCAGGAAGCGGGAGAGCGGCUGUCAUCAUGAUUAGCGCCUUAGUUUGCGGAGCUGUGUUUUUUCCAGGAGUUUUCUACGGUCUCAGGAAAAUAUUAAGAAUCACUUUCAGGGAGUGGAGUGACGCAGACGUAGUUUGCGUCAGUGAGAGGCUGGUCUCAGCUCUUCAUGCAUCUUUGGCCACUGCAGCCGGGGUCACUGUGGUGUCAUCUUGCAGUGAUGUCAUGACAGAUAGUCAUUGGCUGGUGAACAGCUUUGUUCUGUUUGGAGCGCCCUACAUGGCCUUUGAUAUCUAUGCCAUGUAUCUAAGCUACUACCACACUGAGAGAGUCAGAGGAAAAUCCAGCCACCACUCGCUUCGGCUGGUGAGGGCUUUCCUCGUCAAGGACUGGACGCUGGUCCUUCAUCACGUGGCCCUGAUUCUCGUUUUUAUGCCCAUCACAUUGUUCUUCAGAAGAGGACUGGGGGAUUUCUUCAUCGGCUGUAUGUUCAUAACAGAGUGCAGCACUCCUUUUGUCUCCUUGGGAAAAAUUCUCAUUCAGCUUCGCCUCGACGACACAAGGCUCCACAGAGUCAACGGUUUCAUCGUUCUCCUGACCUUCUUCACCUGUCGGAUCCUGCUCUUCCCCUUCAUGUACUGGAUGUACGGCCGACAGUUCGGGAUUCCUCUUUACAGGGUGGCCUUUCACCUGCCUCUGCAGUGCAACUUGGGUAACCUGGUCAUCCUGGCUCCGCAGGUCUACUGGUUCGUCCUGCUGCUGAGGAAAGCUAACAGACUCUACCAGAGACAGAGGAGACAGAUGGAGGACAAAGACAGUCUGAGGACAGACUGAAAAGUCCACCUGUUUUCCAAAAAAAGACCUGAGGAAUUGGGUUCGUUGUUAAAAGGCAGAAUUGAAAUGUUCAGAAUGCAGCAUUGACAUGAAAUUAAAAGUUUAAAUUUAAUGACUAAAUGGGAAGAAAAAAGUAUUUUUUCAUAUUGACCAAUUGUAGGUGUUGUUAUAUUUUAAUGUAUCUUUAUAUUUAAAUUUUACAGUGUUGUAUUUAAUUAUUUUACUUUUUUAAAUUUAUUUUUAGUUUAGAUUAAAAAAAAUUGGUUUCCCCAACGUAUAAUUGACAUUUCUGGUUUUGCUUAACACCUUCAUUUUUUUUUAAACUGAACAUUUUCAAACAUCACAAAUCAGAUCAGUAAAACACUGACUUUUACUUUGUGUUUGAUUAUUUCUCCCCUUCACCAGCUGGUGUUAUAUUAUGUAUAGAUGGAAAGUCUGGUUAGUCACCUUUACACCCAGUUACAACUUGAAUGUGACAGAGUAUAAUGCAUGGUUCUUUUAAGGGUUCUGUGCACAGUUUUGUGGUCAAAAAUGGAAUUACUGCUAAAAAUAUUCUGCUACUACUGUAUGCUACGGAAACUCAAAUGGGACACAGGGACAUUUUUUUCUUUUGCGUUAGCUCUCAAUAAGUUUUCCGUUUAUGAAUGUUUACCUCUAACUUUUUAGCAUACGGACUGAAAGUGUAAAAUUUAUGUUGCUAACAUAUUAGAAAAGAAGCAUGAGCUCAUUUAAUCCUACAUUUUACAGUUAAAUUAUCUGCUGUUACAUCAGUUCACUUUCUCUUCACAAAUACAACCAAUGUGAAUUAUUCUCACUGCUUAUUUUUGCAGAAUGAAUAGUGAUUGUAGUGUAGUUUUAUAAGUGUUUUAAGUCCCCAAACCUCCACACAGUAAAUUAAAAAUGGAACACCAGUGUGAACAAUUCAGAAUAAGUGAUUCAUGGUCCAGAACAGGUUUCACUUCACCAAGUACUGAAAUGCUUUGUGACCAUUUGUAUUGUACAUGUUUUAUGUGUGAUUUCCAGCUUAUUUUAUUGUCUGUUAUUACCCUCAGAAACUUAUUUUCAUAAAUGCUUAUCCAGCGAGAACCCACGCAUACUCGAGAACAUGUAAACUCCACACAGAGAGGCCACUGUUCAAACCACUCUCCCAGCUGAGGCUCGAACCAGCAACCUUCUUAAAGUGAGGCUGUGGUGAAUAUAUAUAAAAAUAAAUAACUCACAACGGACCCCUGGCAUACACCACAAGCACAACGAUGUAUGCUCUCCCAACUUUACAAAUUGUUUAGUCACACUGCAAUAAAACCUCCCCUAACCCCA